AUGAAGAAUGGAAUUGAGCUACUGGUGAGACGAGUUUCAGCGAUACCUAAACACUCCAUUUCUUCUAGCUUCCAGUUUCUUCCUCGUUUUUGCUCAUCUUCUUCUGAUUCGCCCAGUUCCAAGCUAUUCAUCGGAGGAUUAUCCUGGUCGGUAGACGAGCAAUCGCUCAAAGACGCUUUCUCUUCCUUCGGUGAGGUUUCCCAAGAGGAAGAAGAUGCUCUGUCUGCAAAACACGCCAUGGAUGGAAAGGGACUAUUGGGUCGGCCAUUGAGAAUAGGUUUUGCUCUUGAAAGAGUGCGUGGUGGUCCUGUGGUUGUUCCACGUUUUGGGAAACCCAAGAGAGACGACAGAUAG